CUUGAUCCGGAGCUGGUCUCAAACCUGGUUACCCAAACGUUGCUACUCCAGACAGAACCGGAGCUCAUAUCACUCAUCCAUCAAAUAUUCUCCCUCGUUGUAUCUAUGAAUGCAAAAUGGAAGAAGCUUAUCUCCUUAUGAAUAUAGCUUGUGUGGAGAAACCACGAGUGUUAUCUAUAGACCAACAACCAAAAUGGCGCCACGAGCAUAAGCUUUCUCUCUUUCCGAGACGGGCGGCUUUAUUAACAUGCAACGUCUGUGCCUUGGACGAUUCAAGCUCCCCUAUCUACAUGUGUCCUCCCUGUGACUUCGUCGUCCAUCUGAGAUGUCUCAAACUGCCACGUGUCAUAAGGAUGUCUCGCCAUCUCCAUCGUAUUUAUUUCGUCCCUUCUUUUGGCAAAGGAGAUCGGUCUUGCGGUGUUUGUCGCAAAGAGAUCAACAGCGAUUACGGUGGUUAUUCUUGCAUCAAGGACGGUUGUUCAUAUGCUGCUCAUUCAAAAUGUGCCACACGGAUCAAUGUUUGGGAUGGUGAAGAACUCGAGCACGUGCCGGAAGAAAUUGAAGAAGAAGAAGAGCCUUUUAUGAGGAUAAGCGAUGGAAUCAUACAACAUUUCAGCCAUCAACAACAUCAUCUGCGACUACUUGAUGAAAACAUGGGAAGAGAUUACGACGAGGACAAGCAGUGCCAUGCAUGUAUCACCCCAAUCUAUUUUGGUAACUUCUACUCUUGCAUGCAAUGUGACUUCAUUCUCCACGAAGCAUGUGCAAAUCUUUCUCGCAAAAUACUAAACCCGAUACAUCCACAUCUCCUCAGUCUAUCUCUCGUGGAAAGAAAAGAUAGUGUAUAUGCCAUGUCUUCAUGCAAAGCGUGUCGAAGAUAUUACACAGCUGGUUUCUUCUACGAGUGCACUAAAGGAGAAGAAUGUAAUUUCGAGUUACACGUGCAGUGCGCCACAAUAUCUGAGCCACUGAUCCAUGGAAGUCACAUGCAACCUUUAUUCCUAACAUCAAAACCAGGAGAGGGAAGAACAUGUUCUGUUUGCGAUACUAUAGAGCCGGUUUUCGUAGAGACAUUCAAUUGCAUAGAGUGUGAAUUUUCUCUGUGUUACGGAUGUGCUACUACACCUCAAAAGGUGAGGUACAAGCAUGAUAAACAUGUGCUCAGUCUUGCUUAUGGGGGAAGAGAGGAGACAAAUACCGUGAUGAAUUGGUGCGAACUUUGCGAGAGAAAAAUAGAGCCAAAAGAACGGUUUUAUGCGUGUGAUGACUACUGUUGUGCCACCUUGCACGUCGCAUGUCUGAUUGGGGAGGACUUAUACAUCAAACCAGGUUCAUCGUUUUUUUACUACAGCAAUAUAAAUGUACACGUUCUUCCCAACAAUCAUCAUAUGUCUCGGCCUAUUUGCAACUUCUGUAAUCAGCGUUGUCAGCAGAAAACAGUUUUCCAACGUUCUCGAUCAAUAGUGUGCUGCUUGCUCCAUACGUUGUUUAGGAAAUCUCCAGUCGCAAAUCUUUUUUGCUCAAUGUCAUGCAGAGCGUUUGCUCUAGGGAGAGGAAAAUAGGCCACUGCUUUUGUUGUAAGAUAUAUAUAUAUAUAUAUAUAUUAUAUAAUAUUUGUAUUAUGUUUUAUCUGUCCAGACUCCGGUAUUUGAGAAAUUUUACUCAAAAUAUGUAAUUUGCUUAGCAUUAUUGAUGAUUCUUGAGCUAGUUGUUCUACUUUUUUUUUGUCACAUAUGAUACGAUACUUGAUUGAGCUAAGAUACGGUGACCUUGUCCCCAGCAGCUCCACCUCGAGGCUACUUGCGUGUGCCUUUGCCUUCUUGGGGAUGGUUCUCGUGGGUCAUCUAGUCGAGAAGCGAGAGAGACUGCUCGUUAGAGCUUUUCAUUUGCGUCAGAGCUUCGGACCGACGGAGAUUCUCAAGGAGUUGUAUACCAACAAGCUGAGAUACAAAUGCUACGUCACGUUCCUUAUCGUGGGAGGGUGCAGUGCCGGCUCAGUUAGAGGGGCUAGCAGUGCAAUCGCCUGAUGGCCCAUCAUAUUAGGGGUCCAAUUUAAAAAAAAAACAAAUUAUUUUUAUUUUAUUUUUUUAAAGACAAAAUUAAAUUCUUUUAAAACAAAAAUAAAUAUUCAUGUAUUUUAAAAAGAAAUUAUUUAAAAUAUUUUCAUAUUUAAAGUUUAUAACAUUUUAUGUACUAUAAUUUUUAGAAAAUCAUGCUAAAAUAAUUUUUUUAAUAAUUGAAAGGCUUAAAAAAAAAAUUUGCCCAAGGACCCCUAUAAACUAUGAGCCUGCCCUGGGAGACUGUUCGCUGUGUUUUGGAUAUUGACGAGUACUGUGUGUUUGGCUCAGUUUUUUCUUUAUGUGGCUGAGUCGAAUGUGGAGAGUAAACAGAGGGAGUUGGUGAAAAUGGGUUUUGAGUAGGAGGAUUACUAAUAAUGAUAUUGAUGAAGAUGGAGUUGUUGGGUGAGAGACUAUCAUGAGAUUCUUCAUUCUCUCUUUUAUUUGUUUCUUUCUUCCUUCCUCUUGUUAUGGUUGUUGUCUUUUGUGUGUGUGCUGCAGAGCUGCAGAGUUUAUUGUGUAUAAACUGAAAGAAAUGGGCAAGAUUGAUGAGAAAGAUAUAUCUGGGAUCAUGGAAGAGUUUGAGCAGCUUGAUUACGAUGAAUCUGGUACUCUGACGACUUCUGACAUUGUUCUAGCUCAGACUACGUCUCAGCUCCAAAGGUAAGCCACAUUCAUUGUCAUCAUGUUUUGAAGAUGAAUCAGGAUGAUUGCUAAGUUUUACCUACACACCACAACAACAAAAGGCAAAGAAAGUGAAACAUAUUUUAAAAAAGAAUUGUUUAAUUCUGUUUUGUAAUGCCACAUUUGGAUUGGCAUGAACACUUUGUUUAAUAAAAUUAAAGUUUCCUAUUACUCUGUUAUGGAGCUCUGUUUUCCCAUUGAUGUUGUUAUGCUCCUUUUAAGACCAAACUCAAAAGAACUGCACACCAAACUAAGUCAUUAUUAUGUUAGCAUUUACUCUUAGAAUUCAAGAUUUAUUCACUCAAAUGACAAGCGAUGAUGAUGAUUGAUAAGUGUUUUGUUGCUAAGAAAUUUAUGUUGCUUGAUACGAAACAAGCAAUGGCUCAAGUGAAUAAUAGAGGAAGGAUGACUCAACUUUGGCCAGUGCUAACGAAAGGAAAUAAAAUAUGUAUAGCGAUGCCAAUCAAUGAUGAGGGUGUAUUCAUAGCUAAAGAGACCAACAACGUCACUUUCUAUUAUGUCCCACACUUGAACAAAGAGCUUUCGGUUUUACUAUACAACAAUAGAUUAAAAGAUGACCUACUACAUCACAUUUGGAGAUGACAAAAACACUCCCCAAAGGAUGCAAUGUAUCCAUGACCUCUGAAGUAGAUCCUAAUGCAGAUGAGAACUUACAAAU